AUGGCGGAAUCAUUUCCGAUGAAUGGUGGAGAUGGCACCUACAGCUACACUAAGAACUCCCAAUAUCAGAGAGAAGCUUCAAACAUUGUAAAGGAAAUAAUCGAUGAGGCAAUUGCUGAGAAGCUUGAUGUGAAAAGCCUGACUUCUACUUCACCAACAAUUCGUAUUGCAGACUUAGGAUGUUCAGUAGGACCAAAUACCUUUAUUUCCAUGCAAAAUGUGAUAGCAGCUGUGGAAAAUAAAUAUUAUUCCCAAAGCCUAUCUACAGAAAAGAUUGAAUUCCAAGUGUUUUUCAAUGAUCACGUUUCCAAUGAUUUCAACUCCCUCUUCGCCUCCCUCUCCCCUGAUAGGCAAUACUUUGCCGCAGGGGUGCCAGGUUCUUUCUAUGAGUUAUUAUUCCCCUCUUCCUCUCUCCAUUUUGUGCACUCUGCUUAUGCAUUACAAUGGCUCUCUAAGGUGCCUGAAAAGUUACUCGACAAAAACUCUCCUACGUGGAACAAAGGAAGGAUUCACUACACGGGUGCCUCGGAUGAUGUAGUCCAUGCUUAUACCACUGAAUUUGAAAAGGGCAUGGAGAUAUUUCUGAAUACUAGAGGUAAAGAAAUUGUUGGUGGAGGAAUGAUGGUACUCAUCAUUCCAGGUAUCCCAGAUGAUAUUAAUCAUUCUGAUCUCCCAGCCGGUGUGUUAUUUGAUUUUCUUGGAUCCAGCCUCUUGGAUAUGGUGAAUGCGGGAAUUAUCGAUGAAGCUCAAGUGGACUCGUUUAACUUGCCUAUUUAUGCUGCCUCCCCCAAGGAGAUGUCUAGACUGGUAGAAAGAAAUGGGAAUUUCACCAUUGAGAAAAUAGAAUUGACAGACCCCAGGUCGAAGAUUGAUGCGCCAGUUAAUGUGCAAGCUUUGAUAAUGCACCUAAGAGCUGCCAUGGAAGGAAUGUUCUCCCAACACUUUGGACGAGACGUUGUUGAUGAAUUAUUUGAACGGACUUCUCAAAACUGUGUAGAGAUUUCAGACCGGCUACAAUCAACUUACAUGAAAGGGACACAAUUAUUUAUCGUUUUGAAGCGUAAAUGA